GCGGGCGGGAUUAUUAUGGGCUGUGGGCGCCGCCGCCGCCGCUGAGGGGGAGCAGCAAGAUGGAGCUGUCUGCAGUGGGGGAGCGCGUCUUCGCCGCCGAGUCCAUCAUCAAGCGCCGCAUCCGAAAGGGGCGCAUCGAGUACCUGGUGAAAUGGAAAGGCUGGGCCAUCAAGUACAGCACCUGGGAACCCGAGGAGAACAUCCUGGACUCCCGCCUCAUCGCCGCCUUCGAGCAGAAGGAACGAGAGCGUGAGCUGUACGGGCCCAAGAAGAGAGGACCUAAACCUAAAACUUUUCUGCUGAAGGCUCGGGCCCAAGCGGAGGCCCUCCACAUUGGGGAUGUACACUUUUCUGUCAAGCCUGGUUCUAGUACCUCCUCUCCCAAACUCCACUCCAGCGCCGCGGUGCACCGGCUCAAGAAAGACAUCCGGCGAUGCCACCGCAUGUCCCGGCGCCCCCUGCCCCGUCCAGACCCCCAGAACGGCGGGAGCGUGGGUGGUGGGGCUGGCAUUCGUCCUCCUGUCUCGCCCUUCUCGGAGACCGUCCGCAUCAUCAACCGUAAGGUGAAACCCCGCGAGCCCAAACGCAGCCGCAUCAUCCUCAACCUCAAAGUCAUUGACAAAGGUGGGAAGCCAGCCAAUGGGGCCGGGGGCCUCGCUCGGCCCAAGAUCCCAUCCCGAAACCGUGUCAUUGGCAAGAGCAAAAAGUUCAGCGAGAGCGUCCUCCGCACCCAGAUCCGCCACAUGAAGUUUGGCACCUUUUCGCUCUACAAUAAGCCGUCUUCUGCACCUACCCCCUCUCUGGAGGGCAAGGGGGAGGCUGAAGGCUCCCAGGCAGCCUCCUGUGGGCUCAUUAUGGGCUCCACCCCCUAUGAUGCCCCCAGCUCCAGCUCUUCUGGCUGCCCAUCACCUGCUCCCCACUCCUCCUCUGACCCAGAUGAUUCCCCUCCGAAGCUGCUCCCUGAGACCCUCAGCCCAGCCAUCCCCGACUGGCGUGAGUCGGAGGUCCUCGACCUCUCAAUCCCACCUGAGUCGGCUGCCACCAGCAAGCGUUCUCCCUCGGGAGGGUGCAGUGGGGGGCAGACGCCCUCCUUGUCCCUCUCUUCUUCUGACCCAGAGCAGGAGGCUGGCGACUGGCGUCCUGAGAUGUCCCCUUGCUCUAAUGUGGUGGUCACAGAUGUCACCAGCAACCUCCUCACUGUAACCAUCAAGGAGUUCUGCAAUGCAGAGGAUUUUGAGAAAGUGGCAGCGGGCGGUGGUGGAGGAGGCAGCAAGUGAGCAGCCAGGUCCCCCUGCUCCGGGGGUGUGGGGGGAGUUAUACCUGAGAGAAGUCGUGGUGCGAAUGGCUGUCCUUAGUUCUCUCCUUCUCCCCUUGGCUGUCCCUCUGCCCUCACUGCCACCCUUCCUCCUCCUUUCCUCCUGCCCACUUUCUCUUGCCUGGAGGCUGGAGUGUGUCAGUGGGGGUGUGGGAGCACCCACUAUUCCUGGGUGUUGGUACUGCUAGGAGGAGGCAGGGAGGGUUGUGGUGGGGCUGAGGAGUGGUUGUUUGUCCUUGAGUGUGGUGUUGUCCAACGGGCGGUGGAGCCUUUGGGGCUGAGGGAUGAGUGAGCAUGUGUCUGUGUGCCUGUGCAGGUGGUGAGGAAGGUGCUGCUCUUCCUCAUUCCCCUUCCAUCUCUGAUGAAAACUGAUGAGGAGCUCCAAACCCUUGAGGGGAGGAUGUAAGAGGAUUGGAGCCCUUGCCCAUGUCCUCCAGACCUUCUCCCACCAAUGUGCAUGCAGACUCUUCCAUUCUUAUGUUUCCCUCUUGCCGUGACUACCAUCCUGCCAUCCUUCCCCUCUUGGCCUGUGGCCUGGAUCUGCCCUCUCCUCUACUGUCCUUGUGGCCGUUGCUGAUCCAGAUGCCUGCAGAGUGAGGGGGAGAAGGGCAGGUGAAAUGUCAUGCCUGGAAGGUGCUUGAGACAAAGCUGGGGUGGUGGGGGGUGCCCCAUGCAGCCUACACCCCACAUUGGCUUCCCCUUUCCUUUGACUAUUGGUGCUACCUUGGCAGUUGUAUGGGUGCUUUCAGGUGCCCUGAUCCCUCCUCUUCUCCUGCAUCUUCCAACCUGUUCAGCUCUGCAGGAGAAAGGGAAGAAAAGAGGAGUCUGCUUCCAGCCCAGAUCUUCCUCCUGAUGUUCAUCACUUGCACUUGCUUGGGGGAGAGGGACAUGAAAUGCCUUUCCCUGGUCUUUCCGUGGUGGAAGCAGGAGUGGGCUGUGCAUCCAUCCCUCAGUCUGUGGGAAGGUAAUGCCAACAGCGUGAUGGUGCCCCAGCCACAUGAGGCUGGUCUCCCGCCUUGUGCGUAAGCUUCCCCCAGCCCUCUUGGCUUCCUCUUGCUCCUUCCAAAAGAAGGAGGGGUGGAUGCUAGGGCAGGUCGUUUGUUCUUCCUGCUUGCUUUUGCCUCUCCUGCUCUCCCCUCCCUGUGGUGGGCAGCCUGGAAGAGGUUUCCCCUCUGUCUUUUCAGCAUCUGAAACAGCCCUUACAACUGUCAACCAAAGGUGCUCAUAAGAAAUACCUGUCUCUCUCACAUCAUAUGCAUGUGCACUGGAUCUCUUCCCCUAAGGCUCCUGAGCUGAUCUAGAAAUUCCUUCUCUUCACCCCUAGCAAGUAGGAGGGAGCAAGACCACAGCGUGCUGUUCUUUAUCCACAGCUCCCUCUUUCACUGACCAGCUUUGUUCACAUCCAAAAUAAGCUCUAUUUUUUGCCUGCCAUUUCUGGCUUGCUCCGUUUCAGUGUGGGUCCUAAGCUUCGUGGUGAGAAGCCGUUCCUUUGCUCUCCUUUCUUCCUCUACUUGCACAGGACUGAGCCUGUAGAGGCAAGGGAAAGAGGUGCUGAUCAACUGGUGGGAGAGCCUCACCCUCUCAGCCCUGUCCCUGAAUGGGGCAGAGGGGUGUCACUUCUACAUAACAUGCUGCAGAGGUGAAAAGGGUGGAAAAAAUUCCUCAUGCCAGGGCUCAUUUACUUACAAACCUGCCCUGGGCGGGUGAACACAAGUGGAAUUGGCCCCUCUGGUGCUUUCACACAAGGAUGUUCAGGAGCUGCUGGCUCUGAGGAGUGCUCUCCUGCAGUAGUGAUUUUGUGGUUGCAGUGAUCUGAGGGUAGAAGGGAGGCAAUUUGUGGGAGGUAAGUAAUAUUUGUCUGCCCAAGGGGCAUUGUCAGGGUGGUAGAGGGAUAGACCGGCUUCUGACCUUAAUUAGGGCUUUUGUGCCCAGAGCUUGUCUAUUCCCUGCCUCCAGCGCCUGGGUUGGUGUAAUAAAAUCUUUGCUGCCCUCCCCACAAACCUUGCCUUGCAGUGGGUGGCAUUCCAAGCUGUGGGGAAUGGUGAAUUCACACCAGUUGCAGUUGGGUGUCUGUGCAGACAGUCUGAGGGGGAUUCCAGGUGCUGUUAGCACCACCCUUGGUACACCUCUUUCUUUUUCUUUCCUUGGUUAAAGAGCUUAGUGGACUCUUCGGGGAUGUGCUUUCAUUCACAGCUGAAGCUAGGGGCAGGGAGAAAGAGACUUCCCUGAUCCAUUCACCAAGCUAAGGUUUUCUAUAACUUGUUGGACUUGUGUGCGUGUCUGUAUUAAUACCUGCUUGUAUUCUUUGUGGGUGUUUUUUUUUUGUUUGGGUUUUUUUUUGCGCAUCUUUCCUGUGCCUGGCACACCCAGGGAUCCCUUAUGUUAGCAUAGCCUAUCCAUUGACUGCAGCUUCAAAGAUGAGCAGUUUGUAGGCAUAGGGAAAAGCUCGCUCUUAGGAAAAUAGCGAGGAGAUUCUUCUUUUUCCUCCCCCUUCUGAAUAAGAACUAAUCUGUGGCUGUGAGAUAAGAGGAGCUGCUUUGUGGGGUGGAUGCAAACCGGCCAGUCACUUUAGGUUGUUAAGUUACUGUUUGGUGUGUAUGUGGUGAUGUGAUUUGUUUUGUGGUAUCAAGGUUCUGAAAAAAAUGUUGAAGCGUUUAAGUGGGAGAUAAAAGGGAACUUUAAUAGGAAACUCUUGAUGUGUUUUGGCCAAGGUGUGUUGCUUGGCAGAAUUCUUUUCCCCAGUGUCUCUUGUAUGGUGUUCUUUGGGGGCAAGGGGCAGGAAUUGUUUAAUUGAAGGGGUUUUGCCUUUCUCCAGAGUGGCAAGCAAGGGAACUGUCUGUGAAGAGCAAAACAGUGGGUCAUUGUAGGGAUGCUCCGCAAGGACCUCCUUCCUGCGGUGAGGAGAUGAGGGGACUUGUUGCAGCAGAGAAACUAGUGCAGUAGAUCCUCUUUGUGGAGGAAGAAAGGAGUAUGAUCCGGCUUGCAGACACAGCUCACCUGCUUGUGUGACAAAUCCCUUCCUGGGUGGGUCACCAGGUGGGAACCAAACCCUGAACCUCUGGAUCCGAAAUGAGGAUCCUGUGCUGUUUUGAGUUAGAGGUUUGCUAACUUGAAUGCAGCAGUCACCUCAAGUUCCCUCAGGUGGACAAGACACUUGAGGCUGACUAACCUACCUUCGUAUUCACAUGAGCUACACUCCUCCUUCUGAAUUUUUGCCCUUGCUCCUUAAUGGAGACCAGAAAGAAGAUUCAUCCAUGCCUUUUAAAAUGGCCAUAGAAUUGAGGGAGGAGUUUAUUUGAAAGUAUCCCCUUCCUUUCCCCAUAACCUUUAGAAAAAAAAAAUCAACAAAAACAGGGAAAUAUUCUCUGUGUCUGUGCCAUGUUUGUUCUCGUCGUCGUGUUUUUAGAGGAGAUUUUAUGAUGGAGUGGAAAAAGUGAAAUGAUUAGUUUUGCAUAAAAAAAGAAAAGUUUUAAAAAAAAUUUAUACAGGGAGAGAGCGAGAGAGAGUUUAAAAAUGAAUAAUAAAUGCAGUGAUUGCACAAACUGUAGUGGUAUUAGAUGGUCCUUAGAGAAAAGAGUAUUUUGUAGUAUCGAAGCAUGUGUGUCUGGGAUGGUGUUUGGCUUGCUUGAACUGGAGGGAAAGGCAUUCUAGGACUAAGCAGCGAUCUCUGAGCUGAAAAGGCAAGUUGCAUGUUGGAGGAACCCUGUCUACAAACCUUUCCCGUCCUUGCCUCCCAAGUGUUGGAGUGAGUUCCCUUCCCUCCCAUACCUCUCCUGUGAGCUAAGGUGGAGUCUCCAAGUGGUUUUCUGGCUGAGCAGCCCUCAGAGAUGGCCGGUCACAUUCUGCCAGAACGUGAAUUGGGCCAUCAACAUGGAAACAGUUGACUUACUUUGCAGCGUUAGCAAGCUGCUAACGUUUGGGGUUGGCAUGUACCUUUCCUGCCAAGUUGCUGUCUCUUCUCUUUUCCAUCCCCUAUAUCCAAGCAGAAUUAAUCGUGGUGGGCUUAUUUCCUGGGAAGCAGAUAUGCCUCCCCUCCGUAGGGUUUCUUAACUUCUUCCAAUACCAGGUGGGGGGUGGUAUUUUUCUCUAUAGAAUUCACCACGUCAGGACAGAACUGAGUCCCAUUGGUGUGUAUUCCAGCACCCCUUCUCCAACAGUGGCCAGAUCUUUAGAGGCAGAUGAGAGAGCUGCCUGGUGUGCUCUGAUCAUGUUGCUGAGGGACAUGCACCCUCUUCUUGAAGCCAGCAAAUGCUGGAAGUUUUUAGGGUGGAGAGGGGAGAGGAACAAACACCCUGACAGGACUGUGCUCAGGUAGGGCAUCCCUCUGCUCCAGCUUCCUUCAGGGUGGUGGGGAAGAGUUGCCUGAAUGUUCCUUCAGAGCGAGGAGGCAGCUCUUGUGUGCUGGCUUCCCCAUCCAAGAUGUCUCUGCUGGUGUUCAUCUGGUGCGUGGGAGUGACUGCAGGGAAGAGGGAAGCCACCAGAUGUUGGUGUCUGAACAGAAGAUGGCAGGCAGGGACGCUUGAACAGCUUUUCUUGUCUGGACUUCUCUGGUGCCCUUUGCAGUGGCUUUGCAGUGGCAGAUGGCUGAUGUCUCAAUGCCUCCCAUAGCCUUCUCUCUCUGCCCAUCAAACUCUGUCGGUGCUUCCCACGGCUUUCAACUUGGAACAGAAAUCUCCUGUCUCAUGCUCUCUUCUCAGUGAGCACCAUGGGACUGGAGGGGCAUGAAGCUAAUGAGAUACAAGCUCCUUUGGGGAUGAAAAACAGAAAUAGUGUGGUGAGCAGGCCCAGCUGUGGGGAGCCACUGCUUAAAUUCUGUUUUCAAAAGAGAAAGGGAGCAUUUCUCUGUCUCCCCUUACUGAAGUUCCCAGGGAGAUUUUGUGAAAUAAAAAGAAAAAAAAUUACAACCACAAUCAUACUUUUUACCAGGUAGGAGCUGUCUCUGUGCUGAGUCUUCCUAGGGAUAUCACUCCCUUCUCCAGCCCCUCUUUGUAGAGGAGGCUUCAGCAACUCCCAGCGUUUGGAGAUUAUCACCUUCCUGGGAACUUCCUGGCAGAAAGAGGUUGCCAUGCUUGAAGGAUGGUGUCCCAAGUUCCCCACACUUCUGCCCACCCCAGGCUGUGGCAUUAGUGGGGCUGCUCAGGAGCAGGUCCUUCUUCCCAGGGAGGUGUAACAAACCUGGAGCGUGUGUUUGGCUAAGUGCUUGUUUUCCCUUUUGCUUCCUUCCCCACCUUCCGACAAGACUUCUUCCUCCUUGCCUGGCACAUCCUUUUACUCCAAUGUCGCUUGCUUUUGCUGCAUUUUUCAGUUGCCCAAUAAUCACGCAAGAGCUGGGAUCUUAUUUACUUCUUAUAUAUAAAUAUAUGAAUAUAAAAUACCUCCCCCCCUUUCUCCCCGUCUCACCCACCACCCUGUGCACAGCCUUCCUGAUCUCUGCUCUGAAGGCAAUCUGCUGUAGAGGGUUAAUUUGGGGUUGGGGAUUCGGUGCCUCCUGAGUUCUGUUCCUUCUUGGCUUGCUGUGUCUUUUCUGCCAGCUGUGUCACUGCCCUGUGCCUCUGUCUCCCUCAUGCCAAGGGGGGGGGGGGGGGGGCCAUCCUGCUGAGGGUGCUGGCAGCCCAACUCUCGAGGUAUUUGCACAGAGAUGGAGUGCUCAGUGUUGCGUCAGAAAUCCCCUGCUCCCUGUCUGUGCUUCCUUCCGUAGGUAACUCCAGGAAGUAUCUUCAUUUCACCAAUGCUUUGAGGUUGAGAAAAGAAGUGUCUUUAUUUUCUUUUUUUACUUCUAUUUUUGAGAUCCUUCCCCAGAGUGCAAUGUGUAUGGUUUCUUUUUGGGGGUGUAGAUGGCAGGAGAUGUUGGAGUCUGUCUCCAUGCUCACCUUUGCCUUUCCGUCCUCUGCUCCUCUCACGUCUUGCUGUUGCUGUGUCAGACUGAUGUGGUUGGAGGUAUUUGCACCCUUGUCUGUGCAGGGUCAGUCAUAGCACCAGGGGCUUCUCCCAUGUUCUGUGUGGUGCAUUCUGAGGUGCACUGUGUCUCACCUGCCUCAUCUGUAAGCAUGCAGCAGGGCCCUGAGUUCCUUCUUCCCUUCUCUGAAAUUCUCUUUCCAGGAGUGAAGGGAGAUAGUCAGUUCCCCUUCCUGUACCUCUGGCAGCUCUUCUGUCCAUUCCAGCUUCUCUGUGGUGGGAAACAAAACGAUUCCAGAGCCAUCCAGAAGCACAGUCCUUGGGGUAGGGGUCCUUCCACCCCAGGUGAGCUCUGUGCUCUGAGCCCACCCCCUCCAGGCACUGGCAGGUGGCACUGGGAUGGAGGAGCGGGAUGCCCUCUGUGCCCCUGGGCUGAGUGGAGCUGGGAGGUGGGCAGCAAGCAGCGUGCUGUGGCACAGGGAAGAAGUAAGGUGACAGAACUGCAGCAAGAUGCAGUCAGAGUGAUGCCAGCUUCUGCAACAGUUCAGAUAAUGUGUCUGCUGGGAGGAAAGGGGCACGGUGGGACAUGCAGGCAAAGUGUUAAUUCCCAUUGUAGGGCCCUGGUUCUUUACUUCAUUCCUUGUUCAGCUGAGCACUUAGAGCUCACACUAAACCCCUGGAACACAGCUGGGUGAGUCAAAGCAUUUAGUGGGGCUUCAGGGCCUCAUAGGACUAGUGGGGCUUUUCCGUGCUCCCAGGCAGCCCCCCAGGUGGUGCCUGCUCUCUAGGGAUGCUGAGGGUUUCCCUUUGGGCAGAGCGGCAGGUAGGUGCUCUUGCACAGGUAGGUUGCUCUUCAGCUGUCCUGGAGGGAGCCUGCUGCUUCCAGCCCCCAGCUGCAAAGUGGGGGCAGAAUCUUAGGUCAAGUUCUCAAACAGAACAAAAAAAAUUAAUCGUUGUGAUGACUUUUUUUAGAAAAGAGUUGUCAUGCCUGCACCUCCCCCAAGCAAAAAUCAACUUAGUGUGCUGUCCUCCUUCCGCUUCUCCCCUGUGCCAUUAAGCCUUGUACACUCCCUAAGAAUAGAGAAGACUCUCUACUUUGGGAUUUUUUUUUCCCCCAUUUGUUUUCUUUUUGCAUAGAAAGUUGUCUGCUGAUGGUGGAGGACAGGGGCCUGCUUUAUCUGUUCCUUCUUUUCACGUUUCCCUGUGCCAAGCUUAGGCUCAAAUGCUGCAGAUUCCUGCAAACACUGAACUUGGAGCAGGCAAGUGACCCCACUGAGUUCUGUGGUACUUGGGUGCUUCAGAUUCUGCCUGUGCUUGAGCUUUGGCAGCAUCAGAGCCCUUCCUUUCUCUUGGAGAAGGUCAGCCCUAACUCUGAGAAUGGUGAUAGUUCUGGUGCAACCCAUCUGUCUCUUCAUUUCCCCUCACUUGGCAUACAGAGUGAAGGUGGUAAUUUUUUUUUAAUUUAAAAUAAACCUAAAUAUGUAUCUUGUAAUUUUUUUUUUAUUUUGAAAAAAUUGCAUUUAAGGAUUGUGCACGGAUGAAUUGUAUAUCUAUAUAUUAUUUUUUUGUCUUGCAAUUUUCAUUUUAAAUAUAGUGUUUGUUCAGUUUUGUUUUGUUUUUUAAUCCAGUUCCCAGCUGGCUAAACUCCGUCUAGAGUGGAUGGGUGGGAGGCAGAGCCACUGGAGGGGUGAUUGAAUCACCCCUUCCCUUGGUGCUUCCCACAAGAAACUGGUUUGCUCCAGGUUUGGGGGUGGGGGUUGUGCUAAUUACUCUUGUAUUCUUGUACAUUUUGUUCUUUCUGCUGCUCUUGAAUAUUGUAUCAAUGCCAGAAAUGGGGAGUUAAAAAUUAAAACAAAAAAUUAACCCCAAUAAAUUGUUACAUUCCAAAA